GAGUUACACUGAGACACAGGACAGGUUUUACUGUCUCUAGAAACACACAUACACAGCUGUUGACACUGGGAAUUAAGUAUUGGAAACCUAUCAACUUUGACAAAAGAUGACAAACAUCAAACGACACCUUGUUAAUCACCUGCUGACGUUCUCCCUCCAGGAUGGAGAUGUGCAGAAUGUUGAGGAAGCCCAGUCACGUCUCUCCUUCCUGGCUCAGAACAAAAAGCUGUGGAGUCAACAGAUGUUUCUGGAUGUGGGAGCGGAUGCCAUCCAUCUCCGAGACAUACAGAGCCAGGAUGAACUGGAGAAGUAUUCUUUCAAGUCCAUCUACCGCUGCGACGCCAUUAACACAGAAAAACACUUCCCAUCCCUCCUCCUGUUGGUCUGCCAAAGUGCGGACCAGAAGAAGCCGGACAUUCACUUCUUCAACUGCGAGACCGUGAAGGCAGAGCAAAUCUGUGAUGACAUCGCGAGAGCGGUUUCAGGUUCCUCCUCCAGCAGGAGUCAAAAUCUCCCUGCUGCCCUCAGGCUUCCUCAGAGUGGGGGAGAGGUCAUCGACCCCUAUGAAAUCCCAAGCCCCCCUGUCCCGCAUGCUCCAAAUCCACCACCGUCCAACCCUCCACCUUACCCUGGACUCAGAGCGAACGGCGUGAACGGCGGGCUCGAUAUCUCCUUCCUGCGAGCAGAGAGAGAAGUGGGGAUCCUCAAUCACUGUUUUGAUGACAUCGAGAGCUUCAUGGGAAAGCUGCAGCAGACCGCAGAGGCUGCGACGGUGCUGAACCAGAGGAAGAAGAAGAAGAAGAAAAGUAAAAAGCAAAGCGCUGAAGAAGAUUUACUCACUGCAAAGGCCCGUCCUCCACCAGAAGAGGAGUUCAUUGAUAUCUUCCAGAAAUUCAAAUAUUGCUUCAGCCUGCUGGCUCGUCUGAAGUCGGCCAUCUCCAAUCCUUCAUCAGAGGAGCUUGUUCAUCAUGUAUUCAAACCUUUGGAUAUAAUGGUGAGAACAACAGGGGGACCAGCUCUGGGAGCCUCAGUGUCCAGCCCCGCUAUGACCAGCUCUGCUGUCUCCCUCCUACAAGACAACCUGAGCGAGGAGGAGAGGCAGCUGUGGACAUCUCUGGGUCCCAACUGGACGACACCACGCUCUCAGCUCAGAGGGCCCGUAGCACCCUACACACCUGUGUUCUUGGAUGGUUGGAAGCCAGAAGCCUUGAGGGCAGACGGGCAGGUUUGGGAGGAUCCGGUCGAGUCACAGCACAAACAUGAGGCCCUCCAAGUUAAGCAAGAGCAGCAACAGCCAGCUGGUCCUCAAGACAUCCAUGUCAGUGAUGAAACAGACGGCAGCACACCCCCACCACAGUCUGAGAGACUCUACAGCUGCACUUAUGACUUCAUAGCCAGGAACAGCAGUGAGCUGUCAGUGCAGCGCGGGGAGACACUAGAGGUGAUUGAGUCGUCCAAGCGUUGGUGGAAGUGUCGCAACCGCUACAACCAGAUUGGCUUUGUUCCCUUCAAUAUCCUGGACUCCAUGACUCACAUAGACAGCCCCGUCACAAGUCCAUCUCCUCGUGUUCCAGUUCCUCCUCCCCUCCACUCCUCUCAGCGCCCUUUCUCUGCAGUCGCACCCACUCCUCCUACUCCACCUCAGGCCACAACCCACUCCCCUCAGCGCCCACGCAGCUUACCGCCAUACAGCCAACAUGUACCUUCUGCAGAGGACCCAGAUACUAAAGUCAUGCUGAUAAAUGACGAGCUGCUCCAGAGGCUGACCAAUGGAAAGGCGAACCUGAACAAACCUCUGGUCAUCCCUCGCUCCUCAGAGACCUCUGUGCCUCUGAACUACCACUCUCCUCCAGACGAGGUGGCCAACUGGCUCAGAGGGAAAGGCUUCAGUGAGCCAACGGUGUCAUGUUUGGGAGUGCUGACAGGCGCCCAGCUCUUCUCCCUUACCAAGGACGAGCUACAAGCUGUGAUUCCAGACGAGGGCGCCAGAGUGUACAGCCAGCUCACUGUGCAGAAAUCACUGCUGGAGGAUACCAGACGGGCCACGGAGUUGGAGGCCGUCAUGGAGAAACAGAAACAGAAGGUGGAUCUGAAACUGGAGAGCAGCACAUUGUGAGCAGCAGCAGCGGGUGUCGACAUCAUGAAAGAGGUUCAGAUGAAGGAUUGUGUUCUUCUGGUCGUGUUGUCACAUGAGAGUGAACUGCUGAAUUAUUAAUUCUGUUCACCAGUAAACAAACAUGCAACAGCGGCUUGACCAUCUAACAUUGUCUGUGAGGACUAUUGUGCUAUAAUGACCUUGUCUUAAAACCAAAGCGAACCAGAUAUUUAAAGCAGCCGCUGUGCUGAUGAAAUAUUUUAAAGUGUAUGUUGUUGAUUUUAAUGUGAAUAGUUUUCUGGUCUCAUCUCUACUUAGUAGGUAAUGACUAACUUAAAAUGUAUUUAUCUUUGUUUGUAGAACACUUGUCGAAUAAUUAUUAACAUGCCUUGACAAUGACAAGACCUUGGCAGACAAUAAAAAUUAAAAUGGUG